UUUAUUCUUUCAAUGCAAAUCUCAAACCUGGAAAGCAGCAAUGCCUCAGUUGAGCCAUCUUCAAAUUCACAUUAAUGAUCAACAAGCAUUCUUUGUUAAUGAGAAUAUUAUAUGUGCUUACUCAGGAACGUUGAAGAAGAUCAUUAAGCAGCAAAAGAGAAGAACCCAGAUCGAAAAUUCAGUUAUAGAACUCAAUAACUUUCCAGGAGGUCCAAAUGGAUUUGAGCAAGUUUCAAGAUUCUGCUACAGCAAUGGCAGAGUUACAAUCACAGUUUCCAAUGUGUCACUACUUUACUGCUGUGCAUUCUUUCUUGGUAUGACUGAGAAAGCCUCAACCAACAAUCUUUUGACACAAACAGAAAAGUUCAUUGAAGGAAUGUUUUCUUGGUCCUGGAAUGAUAUAGUUAUGAGUCUAAGGAGCUGUGAAUCAUUUUUUUCAUAUGCAGAUUCAUAUGGUCUAAUCCAAAAGCUCAUUUUUGCACUGUUAGCAAAGAUUGCUCAGAAUUUAGAUGUGAAUUUCAUCACAUCUUCAUCUUCAUCUUCAUCUUCUCCUGAAACAAGCUAUGGCAUCAGAUUCUCUUGCACCUCCAAAGGGACUCCUAAGUCAACUAGUCCAAGUAAUAUAUCAGGCAAUCCUUGGUGGUUCGAUGACUUGACAAUACUAAGUCCAAAGAUUAUUGAAAAAAUCAUCAGGAAUUUGGGUGCUUAUGGGAACCAGAACAACAGUUUUACAUUCACAAGGUUCCUUCUCCAUUACCUGAAAAGUAGACCCCAAGGUUCACCAAACUCAAAAUCUGAAUAUAGUGGUCUGGCGGACACAGCUGUUCAUGGGGUCAUCCGGGUAGGAAAAACUAAAUUUUCUUGCAGGAAACUGUUUUGGGUGUUGAGAGUGGUAUCUGCUUUUAGCCUUAGCAAAAAUUACAGGGAAGGCUUGGAGAGAUUGAUUGGUGAGAAUCUCGAUGAAGCAACUGUCGACGACUUAUUGGUAUCUGGACAUAAGAAGGGUGUUUAUGACGUUAAUCUUGUAAUAAGAUUGAUAAGAGUAUUUGUCAGAGGUGAAGGAGUCUCUUUACAGAAGAUGAAGAAGCUUGGAAGAUUGAUUGAUAAGUACUUGAGAGAAAUAUCUCCUGAUCAGAACCUCCACAUCUCUAAGUUUCUUGCAGUUGCUGAGAGUUUACCUGAUGAUUGUAGAGAUUGCUUUGAUGGGGUCUAUAGAGCCAUUGAUAUGUAUUUUCAGUCACAUCCUACUCUCUCUUUCGAGGAGCGAUCAAGGCUAUGUAGAUGCCUCAACUACCGAAAGCUUACAUUUGAAGCAAGUAAAGACCUGGCCAAGAAUCCUAGAAUCCCACCAAAUAUUGCUGUUCAAGCACUCAUGUCACAGCAAUCCAAAGUACCCCAAAAUGAGUUUGUAUAUCAGAGUCCCAGCAGCGGCAGCAAAGGCAGUCACUCCCAUCUGGUCUUGUUCAAUGGCAGCAUAGACUCAGAAGGGAAUGAAGGUCUGAAACUCAAUUUGCAAAAGAUGCAAUGGAGAGUGGUAGAGUUGGAGAAAGCAUGCAGGAAAAUGAUGGGUCAGAUGUCAAGGUUGGUGGGGCAUAAUUCUACUGUUAUUACCCCUUCUGACAAUGAAACUUUGCCUAGAUUUUGCUGAAAUAUCUUUGUAUACUUGCUGAAAAAAGGGAUUAGUUUUGGAGAGAUUGGGUCAAGGGAGAUUCACACUCUUCUUUUUUCUUUUAAGGGUUGAGAAAAUGUAUGAUUACUUUAUCCUAUUGUAAAGUAAAUUUGAAAGUAAAA